AUGAAUUGGGAAACCCCAUUUUUAUUUCAGGCUCCAGCCAUAUACCAGGUGGCUGCCUUUCCAUUUGCUGCUUUGUUUCAUUAUCUGUGCACCUCCAGGAGUCUGUCUAUAAAUGCGAGAUAUAUUUACCUCCUGGUUGGCGGUUUUCUCCUGGCUUUCGCAGCUAUGGGGCGCUACGCCCUGCUGCUACUCUUAUCUGCUUUCUGCUCCCUUGGAGUAAUCCAUUCUGCUGGCCCCCAAAAAGUCCACAAGAGGGCAUUCUUCUUCCAGAUGAGCUGGCAAACACUGUGUCAUCUUUGGCUGCAUUAUAAAGAAUAUUACCUACAAGAAGCAGCAGGUAUCAGGUUGCCCGUCGCCCUCUCUGCCCUCAUGCUGAUGACGCAGAGGGUCACCUCACUGGCGCUGGAUAUCCAUGAAAGGAAAAUGAGCCCGGCGUGGCCCGGGGAUGGUGAGAAGGAGGCCCCCAGGGGGGAUGAGCUCCAGGCCUUGUCAUUUUGUACUUAUCUGCUCUCUUUCCCUACCCUGCUGGGAGGCCCCCUCUGUUCGUUCAACAGAUUUCAGACAUGGAUAAGGUCUCGCAGGACUCCAUGCUCGGCGCGCUCCCUCAGGGCUGCCGCUCAAAGAGGGCUGGGUGCUCUGCUGCUGAGUUUUUUGAGAGAUAUUCUGGGCAGGUAUGUCUGCCCUCAGGACGAUCUAGCAGAAUGCACUCACUUCGGCUGCAUCUAUGCUAUGUGGACCUCGGCCUUGUUCUUCAGGCUGACCUAUUACUCGCACUGGAUGCUUGACGAGUCUCUCUUCCUCGCAGCUGGGUUGGGGCAGAGACUUGCCCACGGCCCGCACGCAGAGACAGAGGACCAAGUCCUCUUGGACACACACAUUUGGACCCUAGAAACCACCAACAGGAUUGCUGCCUUCACCAGAACGUGGAACAAGAGUACAGCUCAGUGGCUGAGAAGGCUCAUCUUCCAGCGAAGGAGAUCAUUUCCCCUGCUGGCCACCUUUGCCUUCUCUGCUUGGUGGCAUGGCCUCCACCCUGGCCAGGUUUUCGGGUUUCUGUGCUGGGCUGUUAUGGUGGAAGCGGAUUACCGUUUUCAUCACUUUUUUGGUUCCGUUGCGAAAUCCCAGCCUCAGAGGUGGCUGUACCAGCUGCUGACCUGGUGCCACACGCAGCUCGUGAUGGCGUAUGUGAUGAUCGCCGUUGAAACGCGGAGCCUCUCCAUGCUUUGGUGGCUCUGCUCUUCUUACAGUAGCUUCUUUCCACUGGUCUAUGCUGUUUCACUCCUACUGCUAGCCAAGAGAAAAGUCAGCAGCCAUGAUGCCCAUCAUCCACACACUUCCCACCCUUAG